AUGGUCGAAAGAGAACAGACGAAAAAAGACAUAAAGGAAUUGUCAAGAAAUGAUAAGUACUCGAUUUUGCUUCCAACCUACAACGAAAUCGAGAAUUUGCCCAUAAUUGUUUGGCUUAUCGUGAAAUAUAUGGACGAGAGCGAACUUGAUUAUGAGAUUAUCGUGAUAGACGAUGGUUCACCAGAUGGAACGUUGGACAUGGCCAAACAGCUGCAGAACGUGUAUGGAGAAAACAGGAUAGUUUUGAGACCAAGAGAAAAGAAGCUUGGACUAGGCACAGCUUACAUGCAUGGAAUUAAACAUGCUACAGGAAACUUCAUUAUCAUUAUGGAUGCAGAUUUGUCGCAUCAUCCCAAAUUCAUACCAAAAAUGAUAGAGCAGCAGAGAUAUCUUGAUUUGGAUAUCAUUAGUGGCACCAGAUAUGCACAAGGUGGUGGAGUUUAUGGUUGGGACUUCAAAAGGAAAUUAAUAAGCAGAGGAGCAAAUUUUUUGACUCAGCUCUUGCUGAGGCCAGGUGCCAGUGAUCUCACAGGAAGUUUCAGGCAAAUAACUUGGACAUUAAUAAAUGACGUAUUGGAGAAACUUACUCAGUCCUGCGUAUCAAAGGGAUAUGUCUUCCAAAUGGAGAUGAUCGUAAGAGCUAGACAAUUCAAAUACACUAUAGGAGAAGUUCCAAUCACAUUCGUCGACCGUGUCUAUGGAGAAUCAAAGCUGGGGGGAUCAGAAAUUUUUCAAUUCGUAAAGGGUCUUUUGUAUCUUUUUGCAACUACGUAA